ACAGGCUUUGUUGGAGUUUAUUGCUAUUUUUUGUAGAAAUGAGUGAACAGGCAAUUAAAGAAAAGCCCUGUGGGGAAUUGGAGAGGGGUGACCCUCCGUACCCACUGAGAAAGUGGGUUUAUAGUCAAGAUUUUGGCAUGCCGCCUUUCCUGGAGACUGGGGAUUCUGCUUGGAUCAAGAGGGGUCUGGCAGCCUGGUCCUGGCUGGGGUGCAUACCAGCUCCUCUGUUUGUGCCCUACAUCUCAGAAGAUAUGCUCCCUUCCAGUCAGAAGAUUACCAAGUGGAGGGUCAGCAUGGACGUGUCGCACUUUUUCCCCUCUGAGAUUUCCAUCAGUAUCCAGGAUGGAUUCCUAGAAGUUGGAGGGAAACAUGAGGAGAAGCCUGACGAGCUUGGGUUUAUUUCCAGAUGUUUUACAAGGAAAUACAGGCUUCCAGCUGAGGUGGAUGUUACCAAACUUGUGUCCUCACUCUCCGUGGGUGGUCUCCUGACUGUAGAGGCUCCACUUCCUGAUACCUUUACUCCUGCGUCCAUCAAUAUUCCAAUAAAGGUGGACAAUGAGAGGGCUGGAGAACCAAAAACAAAACAAGAGGAUCAGGGGGAAGAGUCUCAAUUAGAGGCCUGUGGUGAUCAGGUCCAACCCAACAGCACCAUGACUGGGCUCAAGCAGGGAGAAGAGGAAACAAGAGAAAAGCCAGCUGGACCGUCCCAUUCUUCGCUGCCUGAGGAAGAUAAAAGCCUAGAGAGUGUCCAAAAAUCUUCUGAGCGUCCUGAUAUCCCACAAAGCCAAGAAGGCCUUGUUACAUCCAACCUGCUGGAACAGAAAGAGCCGGUUGCGGAUGGAGAAAUCCAGGUGAAAGCAGAAAAAGCUGAGGAGCUCACACCGCCUGAGGAGCAGGCGCUGGGCCCAAGUCCAGUGAGUGACAUCCAAACCAAGGGGCUGGAAGCUGCUAACAUAGAGCAACAACACUCUGAGUAAACAGAGAAGCAUUAGCCUGCAUUGCUUGCCCUAAACUAGUCCCAGAGAUGCUUUUAUUUUCCAUUAUCUAUAGUGCCAUAAAAGCCUGCUGUGUUUGGAACACUAAUAAAAGCAGUAUGAUGUAAGGAUAUGUCGUUGUGCUUCCUGUAGUGGGAAAAAAAUGUGAAUCUGAAUCUUUUGAUCAAAAAACA